AUGAACAGGAUUUGGAUUCCCAUCUUGUCAACCAACUUGGGGAGGAUCACACCAGUGCCCAGGUGCCAGGAGCCCUUGUCGUGUUCAUUCAGUCAUCACCCAUGCGCUCAGCCUCACCUGGAAGGACAGGAGUUCUGCAUUAAGCAUAUCCUCAAAAACAAGAAUGCACCCUUCAAGCAGUGUAGUGACAUAUCCAUGAAGAAUGGAAAAAGAUGUCCCUGUGCCGCCCCAAAGCCAGAGAAGGAAGAUGAUGUGUCCUUCUGUGCUGAACAUGCCCAUAGGAAUGCCCUAGCACUUCAUGCUCAAAUGAAGAAGACCAACCCAGGGCCUAUAGGUAAAACACUGUUGUGCCAGCUGAGUUCCUAUGCUAAGAUGGAGCUGGGAUUUCAGACUCCAGAACGUGUCUGUAGUGAAGCCUGCCAAAUACUGGAUGAAGACAGCUGGAGUGAUGGGGACUGGGAACCCAUUAUUGUGGAUCAGACAUGGAGAGGUGACCCUUAUAGUGAAGCUGGUAGCAUAGACAGUGAUCAAGAAGAUUCCCUAAAACAUGCUGGUGUCUGCAUAGCAGAAGAAGUGGCCCUGAUUAUGCGUGAGAAGUUAAUUCAUUUGCAGUCUUUGCACACUGAUCAGUUUAAACGACUUCAGCAUCUGCUCAAGGAGAAGAAGCGCUGGUUCCUAUAUAACUGCAAAGUGGAACAUGAAGCUCUAGGCAGCAGUCUCCUGACUGGCGCAGAGGGACUUUUAGCCAAAGAAGAAAACUUAGAGCAAUUAAAAUGUCUCUGGCAAUAUCACCAGCACUAUAGAGGGGAAGCUUUACUACAUAGGCAACUGAAGGAAUGCAGAAUGCUGACUACAGAUGGUGCUGCCCAGUAGGCCCAUAUCACUCAUUCCAGUCAGUGCUUGGCCUCUCUGGAUGGUGUUCACUGUUCUGAUCAGUCUCUUCCAAUGACCAGACACUGCCUUACCCAUAUUUGUCAGGAUACGAAUCAAGUUCUCCUCAAAUGCUGCCAGGGAUUUGAAGAGGUCCCCUGCAACAAAGCAGUUCCUGUAAGCCUUUCUGAGGAUCCCUGCUGUCCACUGCAUUUCCAGUUGCCUCCUCAGAUGCAUAAACCAGAGCAGGUACUGUCUGUGCCAGACAGUCUGGAAGCCGGCCCCAUGGAUCUGUACUUGAGUGCUGUGGAGCUGCAGUCCACUGAAUAG